AUACUGGAAUAGGGAUGGUGAGAUUGGGCAUGAAUGAACGAGUUUUAUCGUCUUGAAGAAACUUCUUUGAUUUGAAUUUUGUUCAUUUUAUCUUUAAAUUCCGUCUUCGAUUUCGAGCUACCUUCGAAAUCAGAGUAUGGAGGAGAUGGACAUUGAUCAGGUAGUGGAGAUACCUGAUACUCCUGAUAGAAUAAGUGCAAGACGUAGCAAUGGUGUACGAUUAGGAAAAGAGAGUAAUUUACGUUUACCUGGUCCUUCAGGAACUUCUGAUUUUAGGAAUAAAGAAUGUUUGGAUCAGCCAAGGACUAGGAGUAGGCUGGUCAAGGGAAAUGGCUCUUAUAGAAACCUUCACUUAAACUCGGGAAAAAAUCCUGUCACGAUCAAUGAAGUCGAGCCUUGUAAUAAAUCCAGUACUUUUUCUACAUUACGAAAUUCCCAUCCUUCCCAAAAUGCUUCGUUAUUUAGAAGGGGAUUGCUGAACAAUAACUCCAAGACUGAAACUCGACAUUCUAAUGGAAUUCAACAUUUGGACAAAGGGAAAUCCGAGUUUACUAAAAGCCCUGCAAAAUUACCUGUCCAUGUAGAUCCUGAUGUUUUAUUUGACAUGGCUUUUCCACAUGGUGCUUCAAAAGUUAACCACUCUGAAGAGACCAGAGGUGUCCAAGUAUCGUCUAAUGGUAGCUCCUCUUUACAUUUCCCCCCUCAAAUAACUGGCAGGGUCUUGAAGGGAAAGGGAAAAGUAGAUGUCAGUGCAUGUAACACUUCAGGUUCGGCUAUGCAUCACGGAAAAGGGAUUGAUCUUACUGGUGGUUCUCCGCAUGAUGUUGAAAAACAAAUGAAUCAUUCUCAUUCAUCUGUUACCUCACCAAGAGUUACUGGGCAUAAACGACUAGUACGAAAUGGUUGUAUUUCUCCAUAUAAUAUUGCCACUAGGCAGCAGAAAUUUCCUGAAAGUUGGCUAGAUGCUUCCACUAAUGUUGGAAAAGAGGACUCCAAGAACAUGGUUUCCGAUGGUGCAUCUGAGGUUGAUAUCAGAGAAAUAGUAGCUGGGGAGAAGAAUGAAUUGAAUAAUUCUCGUAGAGCUAAAGGGAAAGGGUUAGUAAUGUAUCCUUCUACAUCAAUGAAGCAUGAUACACAAAUAGUUAAUUUAUGCACCAGCUCUGGGACUAAUGAUAAAGCGGCUAUUGAAACCAGUGAUUCCAGCAGAGGUAAUGCAUCAUUAGAUGGUUGGAGAAGGACGCACAUCCAUACAAAAAAAUCACAUGGCCUACAUGAUGGAGUUUUUGUUGAUGAACAGUAUGACAACAGAGUGGCAAGAAGAAAUAAUUGUAACAAAAAUGUUACCAGGAAUGCACAUGAUUCUGGAGACAUGGAUGAACGUCAAACAGUUUUCAGGCCUGUGCCUGGUCUCAGUCAAACAAAUCGACCGCAUCACACUGGGAUUCAUACCAAAAGACAAAGGAAACAUGGAUUAACUGCAAGAAUUCACAGUGAACUCUCCACGGUGGUUCCUCAUGAUUCGGAAGCUACGUUUCUUGAUUCAUCUCGGGAAUCUUCUAGCUCCAGAUCAUUCAGAAGUUCAAAUAGACAUCGUCGGGACACUUUGUAUCCAAUAUAUGAAAUUGAUGAGUCAUCACCUGAAAGGAGAACUGGCACAUCUCAGGGAUUACAUUCCGUCAAUGAUGAGGAGGAAGAUGCUAGGGCAAGACAAUUGGAAGCAGAUGAGAUAAUGGCUCGUGAACUGCAAGAACAAUUCUAUCACGAGACACCAAUAUUUGGGGGCAAUGAGAUUGAUGAACAUGCAGCAUGGCUAUUGCAGCAGGAGGAAGAUGUAUUCCCCUCUGCUUCUAGUCAAAAUUACCCUAUGCCGCAUCUUAGAAGGUCAGCAACUAUGCGUGCAAAUAGACAGCUGCAAUCACGGUCAUUUCAGAACCCUUUGAGUAGGAGAGGAACCCAGUCUCGACUUCUUGCUAGUAGAGGUUCGCAACUGCGGAAUCAUUCUCCGGCAGGACUAACUAGAGCUAGGAACCGCUCGCAUACAUUGUCUACAACAAGGAAUUUCCCAUUUCCGGUCGACAUGGACUUAGAGAUGAGACUUAACAUACUGGAAUCAUUGGAAGAUAUGAGUAUGACAAAUAGUCGCAUUCUUCAAUUUCAGAGUGAUUUUAAUGAAAAUGAUUAUGAAAUGUUAUUGGCCCUUGAUGAGAACAAUCAUCAACAUGGUGCCUCAGCAGAUCGAAUUAAUAGUUUGCCAGAGUCUGUACUACAGACUGAUAACUUUGAAGAAACUUGUGCAAUCUGUCUAGAUACGCCAACUAUUGGAGAAACUAUACGUCAUCUCCCGUGCUUACACAAAUUUCAUAAAGAUUGUAUUGAUCCAUGGCUCAGCAGAAAAACAUCAUGCCCAGUUUGCAAGUCAUCUAUAACUUGAUUUUCAGUCGCGAAGCUAUUAUUUUGUGAGGUAAAUCAUGGAGUAUAGUUAUUUAUCCAGCCUCAGAAUGUGGGCGACCAAGUGAACAAUUUUUGCAUUUUUUGCGCGAACAAGGGCAGGAUUUUUGCAUUAUCUGCACGAACAAGGGCAGGAUUUUUGCAUUAUCUGCACGAACAGGGGUAUGAUUUUUGCAUUAUCUGCGCGAACAAGUGCACGAUUUUUACAUUUGGUUCCCACAGCGAAAAAGAAAUAUGGAAGCGAUUUGCAUGUUCCUGUUUGCUGUUGUAAGUUGUAACAUGUAACAUGUAACAUUGCCUUAUUGUCAUUUUCGUAGCAUAUGUGACUAUUAAGGUCUUGAACCGGUUAGCAGCUGUCGAUAGGGUUUGAUUUGAUUGGCCUUAUUUAUUUGUACCAAGGGAUAUGUACAGCAGUGUAUCUAGUUGCUGGCUGCAAUGCAUAUUUGUAAAUUGCGACAGAAUUCCCUAUUUGCAAUGCUUUUGAAUCUUUA